GAGAGAGGGAGAAUGAGGGAGCUCUGCAGCCUCAAGGUCACUCGCUCCCCUCCCUAGGAAAGGAGGAGAGAGAAAAGGCGCGCGGGAACGAAGCCGCCCUCCUCCAGCACCGAGUACCCCUUCCCAGUCCUGCCCUCUUCUUCUCCCCCACUCCGCGCCCCUCGGCUUCUCCGCCUUGCAACCGAGCAGCUGCCGCGCCUCGCAACCCGACUGUCCCCAACCAGCCCUCUCGGCUUCCCGCCCCCUUUACCCACCCUGCCCGUCCUCGCUCCGUGCGUGCGCGCCCGGCGGGCUGCGUGAGGUUUGCUCCGGCUCGGCCAAGAGUCCGCCAGGCGCGAAGCCACCACCGGCUCCUCAGGAGGCGUUCGCCGGCACUUCAGCAGUAGGAGCCUGCGUGCCGUGGAGGGUUGCGGUGCUGCUUGGCUCUUCCACGUCGUGCCCGUCCGCCAGCCUCCUUCCCCAGCCGGCGUGCGCCGGGCUUUGGAGGACGCCAUGCCGGGGGCUUUCAGGUUCUUGCCCCGGCGUAGCUGGGCGGGUGGCGCUCGUCGGUUCUCCGUGGCGGGAUGAUGUGCUGUCGUCGCUGCCGCCACCGCCGCGCCUGCUGGUCGCCCAUCCGAGAGGCCCCGAGUCUCCGCCAUGUCCCCCCCAGCCUCGGCGGCCGCGGCCAGCAGCAGCGAAAGAGGCAGCAGCACCUCGGUGCCUCAGGAGGAGGCGGAGGUGGGCCGAGAAGAGCAGCGGCCAGUGAAGCAGUCCCUCAGCAAGUCACUCUGUAGAGAGUCACACUGGAAGUGCCUGGUGCUCUCCCUCCUCAUGUACGGCUGCAUGGGAGUCAUGACCUGGUGUCAUGUAACCAAGGUGACUCGGCUGACCUUUGAUAGCGCCUACAAGGGAAAGUCCAUGAUGUACCAUGACAGUCCCUGCUCUAAUGGCUACGUCUACAUCCCCUUGGCCUUCCUGGUGAUGCUGUAUGUGGUCUACCUGGUGGAAUGCUGGCAUUGCUACACCCGGAAUGAACUCCAGUACAAGGUGGAUGUGGAGAAUGUACACGAGCGUGUCCAAAGGAUGCAGCAGGCCACACCGUGUAUCUGGUGGAAAGCCAUCAGCUAUCACUAUGUAAGGAGGACGCGCCAAGUCACCCGCUACCGCAAUGGAGAUGCUUAUACCACCACCCAAGUGUACCACGAAAGGGUAAACACCCAUGUGGCGGAAGCAGAGUUUGACUAUUCUAACUGUGGGGUGAAGGACAUCUCAAAGGACCUGAUUGACCUGGAGAACUUUCCAGCCACUCGGCUUCGCUUCACCAAGUGCUUCAGCUUUGCCAAUGUGGAAUCUGAGAACUCCUAUCUGACCCAGAGGGCCCGUUUCUUCACAGAGAAUGAGGGACUGGAUGACUAUAUGGAGGCGAGGGAAGGCAUGCAUCUCAAGAAUGUGGACUUCAAAGAGUAUAUGGUGGCCUUCUCAGACCCAGACAACUUACCUUGGUACGUCUCCCAUUACGUCUUCUGGGUGGCUGCUCUCUUGACUUUGUCCUGGCCCUUGCGGGUCUUGAAUGAGUACCGCACUUCUUAUGUCCACUACCAUGUUGAGAAACUCUUUGGAUUUGAUUAUGUGGCAGUAACACCAGCUGAAGAGCGACCUUUCUGCCGGAGGAUGCCCCGGGUCAACACAGUGGACAGUACUGAGCUAGAGUGGCACAUCCGGUCCAACCAGCAGUUGGUGCCCAGCUAUUCAGAGGCUGUCCUCAUGGAUUUGGUGGGGCUGUCUGGCUGCACUACUUACUCCUCCUGCCGCUAUGGGAGCUACAGACAAAACUGUGAGCAAUGCCACAGGACUAUAAGCAGCUCUUCCAUCUUCUCCCGCAGUGCCCUCAGUAUCUGCAAUGGCAGCCCUAGGAUCCCCUUUAGCAGCAGCCGCUUCUCACUGAGCCGCCUCUAUGGCUCACGGCGCAGCUGCCUUUGGCAGAGCCGGAGUGGGAGCCUAAAUGAACAGAGCUGCCCGACUGAGCAGACCCGUCUGUCCAGCCAAGUCACUGUGGAGGAGGAGGAUCCCCCUCCUUACCAGGAUGCCCUCUACUUCCCCGUCCUCAUUGUGCAUAGAAAUGAAGGCUGCCUCAACCACAGCCACCGCCAUCUCCAUCAGAAUGGGUCCUGUGUGGAGACCUCGCUGUGAUGUAGCUACAUAAAGUGCCCUAUGCCCAGAUGCGGUUUUGGGGAGCAGACAGGGUAGCACAGAAAGACAGGUCCCAACACAUCCCACACAAGUCAGAUGGGAUUACUCCUUCUUGUGAUUCCACAGAGGACUCAACAGCUCCUGAGUCCCAUUCUAGCUCUGGGGACCUGUAAUGGCUUUAAUGUCAAGUGGGCAGCUAACACCACCAUCAAAACUACUACACAGAACUGCAAACUGACAGCCACAAGCAAAAAAAAAGCUGAAACAGCCCAAGUAUGGGGGUGUCUUUCUUCCCAGUUCUGCCUCCAGCUAACCAAGCCACCUUGACAAUCUAUCUAGCAGGAGCAGUCCCUGCCUCAUAUCAUGUGGCAGGCUAUUACCCCAGCUUUGUAGAGUCAUACUUCAAAAGAUAAAUCCAUGGCAGUUUAACAUGGUUCCUUCAGAAGCAAGACAAUUAACUGCACUGAUUUUCCCAGGCACAAGGAGCUGA